AGGAAGAAACUUGGAGCUUCCGAGGUGCCAGCUGUCUGUCGCCGCCGCCGCUGCUGUGCCCAGCGGCCGGGCCCGAGCUGGCAGUCGGGAGGCCUGGCCAUGGGACAUUUCGAGUCUUCUGCGGUGUGAGGCGCAGGUCGUCUGACAAGCUGCGGGCGGGAGGCGUCGGCUCUGUCGCGGUCGCCGCUGCCCGGUUCAGGCACCAUGAACAUAGACGUGGAGUUCCACAUCCGCCACAACUACCCUUGGAGCAAACUGCCGGCCAACGUGAGGCAGAGUCUUGGAAAUUCACAGAGAGACUAUGAAAAGCAAGUUGUUCUGUACAGUAUCCGCAAUCAGUUAAGAUACAGAAAUAACUUAGUUAAACAUGUCAAGAAAGAUGAGCGGAAAUACUAUGAGGAGCUGCUGAAGUACAGUCGCGAUCAUCUCAUGCUGUACCCAUACCAUCUGUCAGAUAUCAUGGUGAAGGGCCUGCGGAUCACACCCUUCUCCUACUACACUGGGAUCAUGGAGGACAUUAUGAACAGUGAGAAAAGUUAUGACUCAUUGCCCAAUUUUACUGCUGCUGACUGUCUAAGGCUUCUUGGCAUAGGAAGAAACCAGUACAUUGAUCUUAUGAAUCAGUGUAGGUCAUCAAAAAAAUUCUUCAGGAGGAAAACGGCUCGUGAUCUUCUACCAGUAAAGCCGGUGGGGAUCGCCAUGGAGGCGUGGUGGGUGGUGCAGGCUGGAUAUAUCACCGAAGAUGACAUCAAGAUAUGCACUUUGCCUGAGAAAUGUGCGAUUGAUAAGAUCAUCGAUUCAGGCCCUCAGCUCUCCGGGUCACUAGAUUACAGUGUAGUACAUAGUUUAUAUAACAAAGGAUUUGUUUAUCUGGAUGUACCAAUAUCUGAUGACAGCUGUAUAGCAGUUCCUCCCCUGGAAGGCUUUGUAAUGAAUCGAGUGCAGGGUGAUUAUUUUGAAACUCUACUUUAUAAAAUAUUUGUUUCAAUAGAUGAGCACACUAAUGUUGCAGAGCUUGCCAAUGUCCUUGAGAUAGAUUUAUCUCUGGUUAAGAAUGCUGUUUCAAUGUAUUGCCGAUUGGGCUUUGCCCAUAAGAAAGGACAAGUAAUAAAUUUGGAUCAACUUCAUUCAUCGUGGAAGAAUGUUCCAUCUGUAAACAGAUUAAAGAGUACUUUGGAUCCUCAGAAGAUGCUCUUGUCGUGGGAUGGUGGGGAGAGUAGGAGUCCCGUGCAAGAAGUUUCUUCGGCUACCGACACGGAUACAAAUAGUCAGGAAGACCCAGCUGAUACAGCCAGUAUAAACAGUUUGAGUCUGUCUACAGGAUAUACAAAGCGUAUUGCAUUCCUAUUUGACUCAACUCUUACUGCUUUCUUAAUGAUGGGAAAUCUUUCACCAAACUUGAAAAGUCAUGCAGUCACAAUGUUUGAAGUCGGCAAACUCUCAGAUGAGUCUCUAGACAGCUUUCUUAUAGAACUAGAAAAGGUUCAGAGCACUGGUGAAGGAGAAGCACAGAGAUACUUUGAUCAUGCCCUUACUCUGCGAAACACAAUACUGUUUCUGCGUCAUAAUAAAGAUCUAGUUGCCCAAACUGCUCAGCCAGACCAACCCAAUUACGGUUUUCCUCUGGAUCUCUUACGCUGUGAAAGCCUUCUUGGUUUGGAUCCUGCCACUUGCAGCAGAGUUCUAAACAAAAAUUACAUGCUGCUGGUUUCCAUGGCUCCUCUCACCAAUGAGAUCCGGCCCAUCAGCAGCUGCACCCCUCAGCAUAUUGGACCAGCUAUCCCAGAAGUCAGCUCUGUUUGGUUUAAACUGUAUAUUUACCAUAUCACCGGGCAAGGACCACCAUCUCUUUUACUAUCGAAAGGUACAAGACUUCGAAAACUGCCAGACAUAUUCCAGGGGUACGAUCGCUUGCUCAUAACAUCUUGGGGUCAUGAUCCUGGUGUAGUUCCCACAUCAAACGUCCUCACGAUGUUGAAUGAUGCUUUAACACAUGCUGCGGUUUUAAUUCAGGGACAUGGUUUGUAUGGGAUAGGAGAAACUGUCCAUGUACCAUUUCCAUUUGAUGAAACAGAACUACAAGGAGAGUUCAGCCGGGUCAGCAUGGGCGUUCAUAAAGCAUUGCAGACACUAAGGGACAAGGUGGAUUUGCAGCAUUUCUGUGGCUACGUCACCAUGUUGAAUGCUUCCAGCCAACUCGCAAGUAGAAAACUCAGCGAUGCUUCUGAUGAGAAAGGAGAACCUGAUUUGGCGUCUGGCUCGGAUGUAAAUGGAAGUACAGAGUCAUUUGAAAUGGUCAUUGAGGAAGCAACUAUAGACUCAGCAACAAAACAAAACUCUGGUGCCACAACAGAAGCAGAGUGGGCUCCGCUGGAGCUCUGCUUUGGAAUUCCGCUGUUCAGUUCUGAAUUAAACCACAAAGUUUGCAGGAAAAUCGCCACUCACGGCCUUUGCAGAAAAGAGAGCCUUCAAAACCUUCUACAUUCCAGCAGAAAACUCUCUCUACAAGUCCUUAAUUUUGUUCAUUCAUUCCAGGAAGGUGCUUCAACACAGGAUAUUCACACAGAGCCCAGCUUUUCAAGUUUGUUUUCACAGUCAUCUUAUGCUGAUACAGGAGUUCCACUUCCUGCGAAAAACUUAAUAUUUAAAGAUGGCGUCUUGUCAGAGUGGAGUGGACGGUCACUUGCCUCACUUCGUAUUGCUAAUCUCCAUUUGCAGUAAUUUGAUUACACCAUUUGUUGCUCUCACAUCCUGCCUUUUUCCUUUCUUGAUGUUAGCUUUAUAGUCUCAGCCACUAAAAAGCCUCCUGCUGCUGCAGUGCAGUUCUUGCUUCACUGAUACUAAGUUUGGGGAACAUGUUCAUGUUUUCUGGGGUGUGUUCGUUAUUGCACAGCUUACUGCAACAAAGUGCUUUUUAGCAGCCAGCACUGUAUUUUUUACCUUGAGACAAUCUGCAUUUCUUUUAUAAAACUAAGAAUAUCCUUUAUAGGCUUUAUGAUGACUGUUAUGUUUCUAAGCAGUCACUAUGAAUAUUGCAAUGGUGAUUUUAUAUGUUAGUUUAUUAGACAUAAAUCUUGUUUAAUUUUAUAUUUUGUGACCUAUGCUUUAGGGCAUCAAGGGAAGAGAUGGAAUCCUUCCUCUAAAAAGGCUUCUUGGUAGUGAAACUGUAAAACAGUGAACAUCUAGUAUUAAGAGGUAAUGUGAUAGGGCAUUAAGAGUUUCCUUGGGUGUCUGUAAAUUAUGUAUAUCAAUCAAACAUUGUUGAAGGUCUGUAAAUGAGCAUAGUUCCAUGUAUCUUAACCUAGAUUUAUAGACUCUGCACUCAGACUGCGACUGUUCAUUGACACCUCAUGGGAUGAGCUUUGGGAAACAUUCUAUUUUCGGAUAGUGUUUAUAUGUGGACUUCUGUUGUCACUCACUCUGGGCUUUAUAUUUUCAUAGAGUCUUUAUGGGAAAAUAGAACUUAUUUUUCAUGUAUAGCUGAGGCUGCUGCAUGUUUUCACCCCAGUUUAUUUUUUUGUUUUGUUUGGUGGCUUUACGAGUAAAUUGUUGCAGAAGUUGAAUUUAAUGUUUCCAAACCAAGGAUUGUGAUUUUAGAUUAGAGUUACAUAUUAAAGUAUUAAGGCUGUGUCUUCAGAUCAGAAAACUUCCAUGAUAAACCUCCUUUGGAGACAUACUCUUAAGCAGUGUGGAUCUUAAACUUAUGUUAAUAGUUUUGGAGGAAGUAUGGAAAAUGAAUUAUUUCAAAGUGUUUGAGUCACUGAUUCUUUUAGUAUCUCAAAUCUUAAUUAGAAUAAGUGAAAUCACUCUGUAAACUUUUCAGAUUACCUUCUUGGGAAGUUUGCGCAGUGGUGUCGUUUAGUUUAGCUCUUGUACGGUAUCAGUUUGCUAGUUUAAAACUGUAACCAAACUAACUGGUCAAACAACACAUAUCUAAAACACUUAAAACAUUAGAAAAUUUGGGAAUGUUAUAACCUAACAUUUUUGCGAGAAUUUUUGUUAUUUAUAGAAUUAAUAUUUGUGUUUUAACAUAUUUCUGGAAAUGUAUGCCUUUCUUAAAACUAUUAACAUAACCAUGCAUUUAAUACCAUGGCCUAUCUGUAGAACUGAAUACUUUGGACCAGGUUACCCAGGGCACAAUCAGUACUGUGUUUGGGGUAAAUGCAGCAACGUUUAGUUUUCUACUUUGUUUUAUAUAAGGUAGAAACCAUGUGUAUGUUGUGUGUGUCUAUAAAAGGAAAAGUACAUACUAAUAUUAAAAUACUUUCUUAUGACUGUGAAUCACUCAUUUUUUUCCAGUAAUUGAUAUUGUACAUUCCUAGUGCUAUUAGUUAUGUAUGUAUGUAACUUUUACAGGUUUUCAGCUGAAAGUUAUAAGUAUCCCUUUUGAUCAGGGCUCUUUAAUCUCAUUUUAUUAUGCUUUUUUGAAUUAACUAUAGUUUAUUUAUUCUUAUAUUAACCAUCUAAGCCAAUUGUCAUGACAUGUAUACUAAUAAAGAAUCGAACAUUUGUAGUUGUUGGCAGUGAACUCAGUUGUUGGUGAGUUUAAAGCUUAAAAUAUGGGAGUGAUUUGCUGCUAUUUCCUUUGAGAGACAGCAGAGGAAGAAAUGGAACAUAAUGAUCAUGCACUUCAGGCCAAGUAAAGAAAAGGCCUGGGGUCAACUCUGGUUUCUGAUGCUCCAUGAGGAAAGAGUAAUCACCCGAUUCCCACCUGAAGACCUCUUAUGCUCUCAAGGAGGAAAGAUUGGUGUUUUUGAGCUGUUAGCAAAGUGUGAAACGCUGAUGUUCGUGCUUUGCUUUCUGAAUGUGUCUUUGUUUCAUUUGUACAUUAACUCAUGUAAAGAUGUAUCUCUUAAGUCUUAAAAGUGUCGAGCCAAUUCAUCAAAACUGUAAAUGUAAAAUAUAGACACUGUUAUUUGCCAAAGAAGAUUCUUGGAAAAUUUAUACAUUUUUUGCAGAUGUUUAAACUAAUUUAAUUUGGCUUCUCUCUGUUCUUUCCCCUUACCAUAGCUUAAACCAUGGCAAACAUUCUUUAGAAAUAAGAAAAAAAAGAGAAAUAGAUAAAAGGGUGUAGAAUUGAGUAGGGAUACAAUUUCACCUUUCAGAUGGUUAUCUAAAGAAGUGCACCUUCAUAUCAUUUAAGAAAUAUGAUUAUCUGAUUUCCUUGUCCUUUUUUAAACAUGUAAUCAGAUGAUUUUGUGUUUGAUUUUGGGGGGGAAUAUUGUUUUGAUGUUUUCCUUUCUCUGCCAUUCAUAUUUCCUUUUUGUGGUCAGUGUUUCCAAUACAGUUUGUGUUAAACAUUUUAAAAUAUCAAAACUAACAGUACAGUGGAUUAUUUUCUGUUAUAAUGUUAACAUGAUACAAUGAAAUGUAUAAAGUGUUGUCAAUUUGAUUAUUGACAUAUAACAUGUUUACAAAUAAACUGGUGUUGAUCAAGUUGCUGAGAA